GUGCAGCUCCCUCUGGUCAGGAUGGGCCAGAAAAUACUAAGAAAAAUUGACAAGAUUGCAACAUUUAUGUAUAGUGAGAAAAGCCUCCAAAGUUAUAUACAUUCUAUAAAGUGUUAUAUUUCCAUGUGUAUACUUAUACCGACCGAAUGGUACCUAUUGUAUAUAUAUACACAUAUAUAUAUACAGUUAUUUGUGUGUGUGUUCAGUUGACAGAUUAGUGUCUAAAUGCUCGAGGAUGCCAAUGAAGUGACCUUCACCUCGAUGGUGGACCUUGCCAACAUGAGGGUCGCAGCUGAGUGCAAGGCACACCAGGACCAUUUCGCUGAUUACCUUCGUAUGAAGAAACUGGAACAGGCGGUGUGGGCGGAGCACCAACUGGCAUACUUUGUGCAAGAGUGCUGCAAAGCCAUCAUGAAGGGUGAGGCUGACGAGGCACAGAACGGCCUGGACAUUUUGACCAUGCAGCUGGACAGUGAGGAGAAGAUGAUUGCAGCUGCUUUCAACAAGUUUGACACGGAUGGCAGCGGAAAGCUUGCGGGCUCGGAGGUGCAGUUCAUGCUGGACUACUUGGGAUUUCCUGAUUCGCAAGAUGACGUGGCCAAGAUUACCAAAGUCCUGGACUGGGGCGGCAGCAGCAAGCUUUUCGAGGAGCGUUCAGAUUUCACAGGCUCUGCCCACGACCCUGAGCGCUUGAGAAUCCUGCUCCAGGAAAGCGGCAUUUCCCCAGAGGCUCAGGCUCACUGGCGAUUGACAGCUAGUGAGUCCGAAUUGGAUAGUGCGGCAGCUAUGCGCCCAUGCCAACAGGCUGCGAUUCGCCACAUCCGGCAUUUGGCGGAGGAGAAUCACAUCCGAGCGCUACCACAGCUACAAGAGCGUGUGAAGAAGCUUGGGUACACCGACACCGAUCUCCACAUGGUGUUGGCUUGGAUCCGGGAGCUGGCCCCCAUCAUUGUACACAUCAACUUAGACAAGGUGGGAAAAUUCUUCGUGGAGGACUCCCACUACCGCAACCAAUUUGAGACCAACACGUCGGGUGGGCUUUUGAAGACCUCAGCCCGUGAAAAGUGGGAACGAGGCCUUUUUGGAACGGCUUAUGAUGGCGCACAUGCGUUUGAGAGGCCAAAGUACGGAGUGCAAAACAUUUGGAAUGAUCAUAGAGGAGUUGUUGGAGCCAAGCAAUAUGGAGAUUCUUACAUUGUCCUAAAGGAUGUGCGCCUGCGUUGCACGUUGUCACCUCAAGACUCCGCGAAUUUGCCAGCACGGAGGCUUGCAGUGCUGGACUACUAUGCCCACGUGUUGCUCGAGCAGUGA